AUGGUGGGCAAGAAGGUACUUUUGAAAUUCUCGCUGAUGAAGAGUAUCAGGAGAUUCGGAAGGAGAGGAAAGUUGAGUCUGAGGUUCAUCGGCGCAUCCAAUGUUUUGGAGCGAGUUGGCGAGGUUGCAUACAGACUUGCUUUGCCUCCUAGCCUAUCGGGGGUUCAUCCGGUAUUUCACAUGUCUAUGCUCUGGAAGAACCAUGCCAACAGGUCCUAUGUGUUGGAUUAUAGCAUAUUUCAGAUGGAUGGGAGCUUGAGUUAUGAGGAGGAGAAGGUUGCCAUUGUUGAUAGGCAAGAUCGCAGAUUAAGGUCUAAGGAGAUUUCAGCUAUGAAGCUUCAAUGGAGGGGUCAGCCAGUCAAGGAGGUGACUUAA